AUGGUAGAGGCCAAUCCCGAGGCCUUCCUUCGUGCCUUUGAUCACGUGGCGAAGCAGGUGGAGGCUGCGCGCAAGAGACGCACGGUUACGGUUACCAGCAAGUACAACUCGCGGACCGACAUCCUCCGAUCGGCACUCUCGUUGGACAUCCCCUCACUGUCCCCCUUCCCAGCAGUGGCGGAGGGUCGACCCUCCUCGCCCUUCACCCGCUUCUCCAUCGCCCCGGAAAUCGGCCCUCUCCGCUUGAGAUGGGACCGGCCCCGCCUGGUGCCCUCCUUCGGAGCCACCCUGCAUUCUGGAGACAAUUCCCUGGUGCAAAUCUUCCAUGACCUCCAGGUGUGUCUGGGGUUGACGAUGAUGCUUGGUGCCCUGAGAUGGGACCGGCCCCGCCUCGUGCCGUCUUUCGGAGCUACUCUGCAUUCCGGCGACAACUCCCUCGCGCAAAUCUUCCAUGACCUCCAGGAGCGACCCAGCCAUCGCACAGCGCUCAUGGUGGGGUGGUGGGCUCGAUCCAUGGCCUACCGGGCACUCCUCUCCCUCAAGCUGCCCGCCUGCCACGUGGACAUGCUGUGGGUUGACUUCCCCAGGGGCGAGUUCCUGAUGAACCGGGUCAACGGGCUCAAGGCCAGUCUCUUCCUGCCGUGCCAUCCGCUUAGGGGCGUGCUGCAGGUGGAAGGGCGGACAGCAGACACGGCCACUGUGGGGUUUGCUUAUCAGCACCCCUUCGGAACGCGUGUGACGCCCUCAUUCUCCCUCGCCGAUCGCGGACUGUCAGUGGAGGUGCUUCAGCCAAUCACAGUGCGACAGCUGGGACCCGCUGUCAAGCCAGAAGCCCAAAUACGGUUCAAGAGCACGAUAUCGGGCACGAGGCAAGGGUGGGAGAUGGAGACAACACGCUUCCUGGGAACCAAUGAGAUAGUGGGGGGAGCAGCAGAGGCGUCUCAAGGCGGACUGGCAGUCAGUGUGGGGUACAAGGCCGGGGUGGCACCUGUUGCCUUCUUCACCCUCUUUGGAGGGGGUCGCAGGAGGCGGAAAACAGCAGUGACAGGCAAGGGAGCUGGUUACCAGCUGAGGCUGGAAUUUCCACCGUCCAAUCUCAGACGAGCAGUGAUCUCAUGGGAUGCUACCCAUGGGAUAGAUUUCUAG